AUGCAGAGCUCGGUGGCCGACGUCGUCUACGAGGCGAAGCGCGAGGCGCGGGAGCGGCGGCCGGGGGACCGCGUCGCCGACGCCUUCCCGGCCAUCGCGCCCAAGCUCGACGACGUGUCGCGCGAGCGGAGAAGAUUGGUGAGCGGCGAGUCCGUGCUUCGGGCCUUGCCGCAAAAGGACGACGCGCCGCCGGCGCCCCGGGCGGCGCUGCCCAGGGCGACGGCGCUGCCCGCCGCCGCCGUCGCGGACGCCGUCGACGACGCCGCCGAGGACGCCGCGCCGUCGGCCGCGGGGUCGUUCCUCGACGCCUUGAAAGGCGCGGCCUCGGAGCUCCGGGCCUACACGCCCGAGGACGGCGAGCGCGCGACGCGGGAGCGGCGCGCGGGCGUGGAUCCCACGGCGGUCGUCGUCGAGGAGGCGGAGGAGGUCGUCGAGGCGGAGGUCGUCGUCGAGGAGGAGGUCGUCGUCGCGCCGGAGGCGCCGUCGAAUUUGCGGCCGAAGGUCAGGGCCGCGGUCGAGGCGGCCGCCGCGGCGCUCGACGCCGCGGCGGCCGACUGGCUCGCCGUCGACGACGACGAGCGCGCCGCGACCCUGGGCGCCCAGCUCGCGAGCGUGGCGGCGUUUCUGGGCGAUCGGGAGAUGACGUUCGCGGCCACGUUCAACGCGGACGCGGCCGAGGUCCUGCGGCUGCGGCGCCUCGCCAUCGCGUCGGCCUUCGCCGAGGUCGUGCCCAUCGUGACGCCGGAGCGGGCCGAGCGCUUCGCGGCCGCGCUCCGGAGCAUUCUCGACGUCGAGGAGCGACUCGCCAAGGAGGCGGCGCUCGACGCGGCCCUCGCGGCCGAGGGCGUCACGGAGCGGCCCCUGUCGCCGGAGGAGCGGGCGCUCGUCGACGAGGAGAACGCGCGCCUCGCGGCGGAGGCGGCCGCGCGGGCCGCCGAGGACGAGGCGCGGGCGGCGGCCGAGGCCGAGGCCGAGGCCGAGGCCGCGCGCGUCGUCGCGGAGGCCGAGGCCGCGCGCGUCGCCGCGGAGGCGGAGGCGGCGCGCGUCGCCGCGGAGGCGGAGGCCGAGGCGGCGCGCGUCGCCGAAGAGGAAGCGGCGGCGCGCGCCGCCGCCGAGGCCGAGGCCGAGGCCGCGCGCGCGAUAGCGGAGGCGGAGCGGAAGCGUGCCGAGGAGGACGCGCUCGCGCGCGCGGAGAACGCGCGGCGCGAGGAGGAGGCGGCGCGCAUCGUCGAGCAGGCGCGGCUCGCGGCGGCGGCGCGCCAGGCGGCCGUGCCGGAGGACGCGGCCGCGCGGGCCGCGCGCGCGCCGCCGGCGGACGCGGCCGCGGCGGCCGUCGACGCGCUCGAGGCCGCCGCGCGGCGCAAGGCCGAGGCCGUCGCCGCCGCGCCGACCGUCGAGGUCGACGACGAGGCGAUCCCGAGCCUCGACGAGAUCCUCGCGGCCGUCGACGACGACGACGACGACGACGACUUCGAGGACGACCUGGAGACCGUCGUCGCCGAGAGCGUCGUCGUCGUCGUCGACGACGACGCCGCGGGCCCCGGCGCGGCGGCCGAGGCGCCCGGGGCCGUGCUCGACGAGUCCGGCGCGGCCGUGCCCGGCGCGGAGGCGUCGGCGGCGCGGCUCGACGGCGGCGACGGCCUCGUCAUCGAGGCCGCGGACGCGGCGACCGAGGCCGUCGACGAGGAGCCGACGGCCGGCGACCUGCUCCUGCGCACGCUCGACACCGUGCUGCUCAUCUCCGAGCGGCUCUUCUCCGACAUCCUCCCGAAUUUCGUCGACGCGCUCGCGCUCGCGGCCUCGCGGGCCCAAAAAGCCCUCGCGGACCCGGCCUACGACAAGCCCAAGCGCACGGAGCUCCUCGGCGGCGUCAAGUCGACGCUCCCGGACGAGGACUCGGCGGCGGGCCGCGCGCGCAACGCGCCGAAGCUCGCCGCGCCCGCGGACGGCGGCGGCCACGACGACGCGCCGCGCGCGGCGGACGGCGACGACGAGCCGAGCUAG